AUGUCUGACGACGACUUUAUGCAAGCCUCCGAUGAGGAGUACGACUUUGAAUACGAAGACGAAGAGGAAGAGGACAGCGGUGACGUCGACAUCGAGAACAAGUACUACAAUGCGAAGCAGACAAAAACCUCCGACCCGGAAGAUGCUGUAGAGGAAUUUUUAGGCAUACCGGCAUUGGAACCGGAAAAGGGCGAAUGGGGUUUCAAGGCCCUCAAACAAGCCAUCAAACUUGAGUUCAAGUUGCAGCGGUACGAGAAGGCUACCGAGCACUACAAGGAGCUCCUCACCUACGUAAAGGCUGCCGUAACUAGGAACUACUCGGAAAAGUCGAUUGACAACAUGCUCAACUUCAUCGAAAAGGGCGCCGACAACCCGGCAGCAGUGCAGUCCAUCGAGCAGUUCUAUUCGCUCACCCUACAAUGUUUCCAGAGUACCAACAAUGAGCGUCUCUGGCUCAAGACCAACAUCAAACUAGCCAAACUUCUACUAGACCGCAAAGACUACCAUGCCGUCGGGCGGAAGCUCAGGGAGCUCCACAAGGUGUGCAAGAGGCAGGACGGCACCGACGACCCCAGCAAGGGGACCUAUUCGCUCGAAAUAUACGCUCUCGAGAUCCAGAUGUACUCCGAGACGCGAAACAACAACCAGCUAAAGGCCUUAUACCAAAAAGCGCUGAAAGUGCGUUCCGCAGUACCGCACCCCAAGAUCCAGGGUGUGAUCCGCGAGUGCGGCGGCAAGAUGCACAUGAGCGAGGAGAACUGGAACUCAGCCCAGAUCGACUUCUUCGAGUCCUUCCGGAACUACGACGAAGCCGGCGACCUCCGGCGGAUCCAGGUGCUCAAGUACCUGCUCCUCGUCACCAUGCUCAUGAAGUCGGACAUCAACCCGUUCGACAGCCAGGAGACCAAGCCCUACAAAAACGACCCGCGCAUCGCGGCCAUGACGGAACUCGUCGACGCGUACCAGCGCGACGACAUAUACAAAUACGAAGAGGUGCUACGGAAGAACACGGACCUGCUCGCCGAUCCCUUCAUCGCCGAGAACAUCGACGAGGUGACGCGCAACAUGCGCACCAAGGGCGUGCUCAAGCUCAUUGCGCCUUACACCCGCAUGCGCCUCUCCUGGAUCGCCGACCGCCUGCGCAUCAGCGAGCCCGAGGCCCAGGACAUCGUCAGCUACCUGAUCGUGGACGGCCGCGUGCAGGGCCGCAUCGACGAGCACGCCGGCACCGUCCACAUCGAAUCGAAGGGGGAUGCUGAGCGCGCCAAGGCGAUUGAGGCCAUGACGGUGGCUGUCGGGGAGCUGUACGCGGCCAUCUUUAGUGACGCCGAUGGUUUCCGCCUGGUUGGGGACAUGUCUGGCGCUGGGCUUGGUGACCCGAUGGGUGACUUUGGUGGUUCGUUUGGAUACCCCGAUCGGGAUAGGGGCCGCGGUGGGAAGGGCGCACGGGGCCUGCGCCGGCCCGGCAUGAAGGCUGUGGGGAUGGGAAUGCCUUGA